AUGUCUCUUUUAGUCAGAUCAUAUCAACCAAUCAAUACAACCAAAUAUAUAAAAAUAUUUUUAAAAGAAGCAUUAGAAAAGAAAAGAAAGAAAUCAGAAUAUUCAUUCUUCAAAUUCAAUAUUCAAGCAUCAUACUAUAUUAUAUCUACUUUUCAAGUUCGUUCAAACAUUAACAACACAAAAAGUUACUUAACAAAGUUAAAUGAACAAACAAAUAUUGUUAUUGAAUACCAUAUAAAUAAACAAGCAAGUAAGCAACCAUAUAUGUCAUUGUGUUUAAUACAUAUAAAGAGAAAGAAUGAAAUUUGGUGUGUUGGUUAUUGUUAUUAUUGUUUCAGUUAUAUAUCUUUACAUUUAAAUUUCAUUGGUAUCAAUAGUUAUCAUAGAAUAACACACAUUUUUGUAGCUUUCUAA